UUAACCGUUAGAUUCAAGUCAAGAGAAAACAGAUCAACUGUUGAAGUCGUUCGUUACACCUUAAAAUAACCAUGAAAAAAACUAGCAGUGUGUUACGUUUAUGAAAAUGGAAACACCAAAUUGGCAAUGCCAAUAAAGAAAUAAAAGAAAAAGGCAACAACUUUAAGGAAUAAACAGUACAUGACAUAGACACAGCAAAAAAACUCUUCUUUUAUUUAAUUUUGAUUUUCUUUGGGAAUUGGAGGGACAGGGUUCAUUUUUCAUUCUGGGUUUUGGUUUUUGUCGAGAGAAAAAGAGAAAGAAAAAAGAAGCAAUGGCUAAGAUUUUGGGGAAAGCAAAUCUCUUUGCAGCUUGUGACUAUAGCCAGAAGAAGAGCCAAAAAGGUGGAGGUGCAUUCUAUUCUAAGAGAAUUUCUGGGUUUUGUUUUAAAAAAAGUAGAUUUACUUCUUUGAAGAUGAAAUCUAUGGCUUUGAGGUGUGAUUUUAAAGGGCAAAGAGUGGUCUAUUUCGAGAAGAAAACUGUGAACAAGAGAAGGUUUUAUCAAGUUCCCAUCAAAGCACAGAAUCAGAUGCUAAGUGGCCUUAUUGGUAGAACUCAAAACUGGUGGGAGAAGGAACUGCCACCAAAUAUGAAAGAAGUGGCAUCUGCACAAGACCUUGUGGACUCGCUUUUGAAUGCUGGUGAUAAACUCGUUAUAGUAGAUUUCUUCUCCCCUAAUUGUGGUGGCUGCAGGGCUCUUUUCCCAAAGAUUUGUCAAUUGGCAAAGAUGAAUCCGGAUUUGCAGUUUCUUCAGGUGAAUUAUGAGGAGCACAAAUCCAUGUGUUAUACCCUUAAUGUCCAUGUGCUGCCUUUCUUCCGGUUCUAUAGAGGGGCUCAGGGGCGUCUAUGCCAAUUUAGCUGCACCAAUGCGACGAUCCAUAAGUUUAAGGAUGCAUUGGCCAGGCAGACAGCAGAUCGAUGCAGCCUUGGACCGACAAAAGGUCUUGAUGAGAAGGAGCUUUUGGCAUUAGCAGCCAACAAGGAGCUUUCCUUCAACUACAAACCAAAACCAGUUCGAUUGGAUCCCAAUCCUGUUCCUGCAGUGGAAGACAUUCUGGUAAAGAAAACAUCCGUAAACCGUAAAGAUAGUGAGGAGAAAACCUUGGUUGGUGCCCGGGGACGAUGUUAGGCGUAUUUUUGGCAGACCUCAAAUGUCCUCACCAGUUGCCACUGUAUAGUUACUAGAGUUCCAUGUUCAACUUACAUGUACUAAAAUUCAUGUUAGAAAGGAACAAGCUAGUAGAGGAUGAAAUUCCAGUAAUGGCAUCUUGUCUCCUCCAUGGGAGUUGCAGGCUUUUGGAUUUAUUUUUUUGGAGCCUAGCCUGCUUUGAUUCAAGGGUGUCUGAAGAGCAAGUAGCUGUGAAUAUGUUGAGUUAAUGUAAAAAAAAAAAAGAAAAAGAAUAUUCGUAUUAUGUAUAGCAUAUGAUUAUAUAUAAAGUGAAAGCCUUUUUCUUUUGUUUUGUU